UAUAGAGGUGGUAAAGAGGGGGGGCCCCCUCGGAGUAAGGGCAUCACGGAUUCGAAAGAUGAGAUGGGGGGGGGCCAAACUUUUUCAAUAAUGACAUCGAUGAUUACGUGGCAACCUGGGGUUGCAGGCUUGCCUCCCCAAAAUGGGUUACGGCCGAAAAAGAAAAAAGCAACACACUAAAGCGGCGACGCCGCGGUCAAUUUUCCCCCCCAAUCCCCCACUCCUGGUACCGCUCACUCACUGUUUCCAAUUCUCCGACGAACCAAUUUGUACCGAUUUUCACCGGAAUUUAGCAUCAUGCCGCCAGAGGAAACUGUUUCUAAGUCACCUCUAGACAAACCGCUCUACCUACUUACCGACGACGACAUUUCUCAGCUCACUCGUGAAGAUUGCCGACGUUACCUUAAAGCUAAAGGAAUGAGAAGGCCGUCGUGGAAUAAAUCACAAGCAAUUCAGCAGGUGAUUUCACUGAAGGCGCUAUUUGAGACGACGCCGGACUCCGACACCAGCCCGAGGAAAAAGCGUCACAUUCCUCGCCCAGAUACUAGUCUACAGCGAGUCCAGAAAGGAACGGAUAUCGAUGCAGAAUUUUCUGAAUCGGCUGAAGAAACGGUGCCGCACGGAAGAAAGCAUCCAAAUAAACCUGAUCUCUCCGAUGGUAAAGCUGCAGAUUCUGUUGCCGUUGUCGAUAACUUAGCUCCUUCUAGAACCACAGAUUCAGGAAAUGCAUCAGCAGGACAAUUGACAAUCUUCUAUUGUGGCAAGGUGAAUGUGUACGAUGAUAUACCUGCUGAAAAGGCACAAGCAAUCAUGCAUCUUGCUGCAAGUUCACUCUUUGUGCCUUCAGAAACUCCAUUGAAUGCUACCAGACCAGCUCGACAUUCCGAAUGCCAUUUGCAAGCUGCAAAUGUUAAACUGGGUCCAGAUUCUCCUAUGGUGCUCACGCGAACCAUGCAAACAGGGAAAAUGAGUGAAGUGACUCGCCUGCGUUUGGAGGAAAGCAACACCUUCUAUGAAGACAAUUCUGAAGCAGUGGAAGUCCGCGCAAGCAGAGAAGCAUCAGUGCAAAGAUAUCGUGAGAAGCGGAAAGACAGGUUCAAGAGAAAGAUGGGAAUGCCAUCGUCUGCUAGCUUGGAGAUCUAUUUGAACCAUCGAACCGGAAAUCAUACCCCAAAUGAGCUCUCGAGUAGGAGCAACACUUGUUCCCCGCCCACAAUUAAAUUAUCUGCUGCACCUGCUCCAAGUGGUUCAAUGGAUAACAUUCUCCAAAUGGAUGCCAAUGCUUCUGCUUUUCUCAACGACAAAGAUGGUAAAGAGUGAAAAUGGGAUGGCGAGGAACACUCUUGCUUUCUAAUUUGUUUUCAUGCACCAGAAAGUCUGGGAGGUAACAUCCUGUUCCCGCCUCUGCAUAGUUGAAUGACGAGGAAACAGGUAGGUUGUUCCUUGUGAAUUUUUUUUCUGUGUCCAGAAGCACUUUGUAUUUAGGCUUUCGUUAUUCGUCAAGUGAAGAGAAAAUUAGUCAGGAAUAGUCCUCUUGUCAUCCCAUGUUUUUUGCUUUAAGAAUCUUUUCGAAAGCUAGUCCUCAAGAGUCCCACUUUAGUGUAGAAUAUUAGGCAGUUGCAUUUUCCCCUUUUGCUUGCACUGGUUCUCAAGGAGCUAACGUGGAACCCUGUUGUAAUUAGUCUCGGUAUUUUCCACUCUAACAAGACAGAUGAUUUUGGCUGAACAGUGAAAGUACUUGGGUUACCAAGGCAAAUUCUUGUUUUAUUUGGACUGAUUCUUGGAAAAAAUUUAAAUGUUCGACUUACUAAAAAGGAAUUAAGGUUGGUUGGUUAGUACUCUUUCCGUCCAUCUUUAUUUGUCCAGUAUUGAAUUGACACAUAGCUUAAGGAGUAAUAAAUAGAAUGACAGGUUUACUAUAUCACCUCAUGAAUAUAAUAAAUUCAAUGUCUCGGAAAAUGCAUCGGUGAAAUGACUAUAAUUGAUAAUAAGGGUAAAUUAGGAACCCGAUAAAUUAUCUCUAGGUUUUCAAAUGGGAUAAGAUUUGUCAAAAGAUGGUAGACUAACAAUGCAUGAUUUCAACUAUUCAUGAUCCAGUAAGGCUAAAAUAUUAGGACAAAUGUAUAAUGCCGAAGAGGAAUACCUGGGUCCAUCGUGGACGUGUUUCACUCCACUAUGAAAAUGUUGGGAUUCUUCGAGACCACAAGUCCUGUAGGCAUGUGGAAGAACGUUUAAUUUGUCUGAUAUACAUGUAAGGAGCUCCUGGACGAGCGUGACAGUGUGUUAUUAAUUAUAACGAGGGCAUUGUUGAUGAAGUGAUUGAGGACGAGAAUGUAAUGCCUUGGGUCGUUAUAUGGGUUGGUCUGGAUUAAUAUCGGAGAAAUUUUCAAAAAUAGCAAAGACUACAAAUAUAAUUAGGCUUUUUAGCUAUAGUUUGCAUAAUUACGUUUCAUAGUUAUAGUUUCAGUUAUGUCAAUUUUUGUAUGUAUAUCUCACUGCAUUAUACAAAUUGAGUUUUUCCGUUGGUA